AUGACCACGAUUACCGAAGUUCCAAUGUUGCCCCCACCGGGCGAAACCCGCGUGAUUCAAACGCGUGAAGCCAUCAACGAAGCGCUGAUCCAGGAAAUGCGCCGCGACGAAACCGUCAUAAUCAUGGGCGAAGAGAUCGCCGGCGGCGCCGGUCGCGAACAUCUGGGCAUCGUCGAUGCCUGGGGCGGCGCGUUUCGAACCACCAGAGGACUGAUCCAGGAAUUUGGCAACGAACGCGUAUUGGACACGCCGUUAUCGGAGGCUGCCUUCGUCGGCACCGCCAUCGGCGCCGCGUCCACCGGGAUGCGGGCGGUGGCCGAGCUGAUGUUCGUCGACUUCAUCGGCGUGUGCAUGGACCAACUGUUGAACAAUGCCGCCAAGAUGCGCUAUAUGUUCGGCGGACAGGUCAAGGUACCGUUCGUGAUGCUGACCCGCAUCGGCGCCGGUUUCGGGAGCGCGGCCCAGCACUCCGAGUCGUUUUAUUCGCUGUUCAGCCACAUCCCCGGUCUCAAGGGCGUUUGUCCCUCCGACGCUUAUACCGCCAAGGGAUUGCUGAUAUCCGCCAUUCGCGACGACGACCCGGUUAUCUUCUUUGAACACAAGGGACUGUACGGAGAUACGUGCCCGGUGCCCGAGGAGUCCUAUGCGAUUCCACUGGGUAAAGCGCGCACGGUUCGCCCAGGCACCGACGUUACGCUGGUGGGCAUCAGCAAGAUGACCUGGGUGGCGGUGGAAGCCGCCGAGGAACUGGCAAAAGAGGGGAUAAACGCCGAGGUGAUCGACCUCCUCAGCGUUUCGCCCAUCGACUACGACCAUGUGCUGGACUCAGUGAGACGCACGCAUCGGCUGGUGGUGGUGGACGAAGAUACUCCGGUGUGCAGCAUCUCAUCUGACAUCUGUGCGCGCGUUGCCGAGGAAGCCUUUGAUUAUCUGGACGCUCCUCCCUCCCGCGUGACGCCUCCUCACACACCGGUGCCCUACAGCCGGCCGCUGGAGAACGCAUACCUGCCCAACGCCCAGCGCGUGAUUACCACGGUGCGCAAGCUGAUGUCCUGA